GGAGCCAUAUGGGAGGCGGCGCUGGGAGAGAGGAGCAGAUAGGAGGGCGGUGACGAAACACUUGGUGUGUGUGUGUGUGUGUGUGUGUGUGUGUGUGUGUGUGUGUGUGUGUGUGUGUGUGUGUGUGGGUGUGUGUAAGAGGAGGAAGUGUGUUCUUGCCUCCAUUAGUCCCCAGUAGCAGCAGGACGACGACGCUGCGCUGCUUCUUGUUCUCUGGUUUUAAACGGAUCUAAUUCUGCAGUUCCUGAUCUGAACGGUGCGGAGUGCUGCUGUUUUUCUGAGGUGAAUCUCCAGAAAAAAAUAACAUGGCGGAUUUCCCCUCCAAGGUAACCACGGAGACCAGCUCCCCACAGCCCCAACAGGGGGCCGGCAGGCUGCGGGGGCUGGCUUCCAGCGCCACCUCCAGGAUGGACGUGUCGUUCCUGCGCAGUGUCCCGGCGGCACUGAUGGCGGCUGAAACGGUGUUGGGCCUGCUGCACUGGGCUCUGAUCGCUGGCGCCCCCUACUGGCGGUUCUCCGCCUACGGCUGGGUGAUGUUUGUGGCCGUCGCUCUGUGGAUCCUCACCACCCUCCUCUUCCUCGUCCUGCUCUUCAGCGUCCCCCAGAGGUUCUCCGCCGUUCCCUGGACCAUGACGGUGAUGAUGUAUAACGGAGUGGCCGCCCUGCUCUACCUCACUGCCUUCCUGACCAACGCCGCCACGGUCCGGUGGUUCAGCGGGCCCUUCCACGGACACAUCGGCGCUGCUGCUUUCUUCGGAGCGUCGCUGACGCUGCUGUACGGCGCCGGAGCUUUCCUGUCCUACCUGGACUGGAGGGCCGACGGAGGGAACGCGGCCACCAGCACCGUGCCCACCUAGGACCACCAGAACCAGUAGAACCACCAGAACCAGUAGAACCACCAGAACCAGUAGAACCACCAGUACCAGUAGAACCACCAGUACCAGUAGAACCACCAGAACCAGUAGAACCACCAGAACCAGGGCUUCACAUGGACCCAGUAAUCAUCCGAGUUCAGCAUCCAUCCAGUUCUCCAGAUUCGUCGUCUUACUUUGCUGGAAAAGGAAACGCUGGAGGUCUUCCUCAACCUGAUGAAGAUCUGAUCGGACCAGAUCAGAACCGAACCACCAACUGGUUCAGAUCCAGUCCGAUUCAGGUUUUCUCUCAACUCCAGCUCACGAAUCCUUUCGACCCGUUUGGGUUUUACUCUCAGCGUUCUGUUUACUGUCUGGACCGGUUCCGCCUGAGCAUCUGGAUCUGUUUACAGGCAGUGACUGACCUUUGACCUGGAACCACUUCAUCACGGCUCCAUUUCAGUCCGGAUCCUGGAGGUUCUGGAGGAAACGGUGAAUUUCUCCUCCAGGAUCAAAAUGUUUAAUCCUAAAAAACGUUUUAAUUGAAGAUUUUUGAAUCUGAAUGUUUUAAUAAUUAAUCACAGCAAAGUUCAGCCACUCUGUUCGUGACCCGGAGUGGAAACUCUGUGGAAGGACGACCUCAGGCUCAACCAGAAUCCAGUGAACCUUCAGGCUGACAUGCUGCUCAUGAAUUACUGAAGAUUUUGAAAUGAAAUUAAAAUCUGUAAAUAAAAAUAGUUAAAGAAAGUCGGCAGCUUGAUGAUAAAAGUUUAAAUUAUUUGUGUUCAGAUCAAAGUGUUUGGUUUGUUUCCUUCACUUUAAAUGAAAAUGUUUGUUUACACAGAACGAUCAGAUCCAGACGUUCAUGUUUUCAUUUCACUGUAAUCAGAUUUAAAGUUCAUUUUAUGAGACAUAUUUACAAUAAAGGACUUUAAACUUUCA